ACUCUCUCACUCAUCAAGAAAUCCUUUCAUUUCUUCUCAAACUUGGCUAUGGCAUUCUCUUCAAUGGCCCUCUUAUUCUUUAUAUUAUGUCUACUAUUCCCAUCACUCAUUAUUGCUUCACUUCCAACCCUACAAGACCCUGAAUUAGUUGUACAUGAAGUACAUAGGAAGCUAAACGCGUCAAGGAGGAAAUUAGGAUUCUUGUCGUGCAACACGGGAAACCCUAUCGAUGAUUGUUGGCGUUGCGACUCGAAUUGGGAAAAGAAUCGCCAAAAGUUGGCGGAUUGCGCCAUUGGCUUCGGCAAAAGUGCCAUCGGGGGAAGAGACGGGGAAAUUUACGUCGUCACUGACUCUGGGGACGACGACCCCGUCAACCCUAAGCCCGGAACCCUUCGUUUUGCAGUGGUUCAAGAUGAUCCUUUAUGGAUCAUCUUCGCACGCGAUAUGGUGAUUCAGUUAAAAGAAGAGUUAAUAAUGAACUCAUUCAAAACUAUCGACGGUAGGGGCGCGAGUGUCCACAUUGCCAACGGGCCGUGCAUCACUAUACAGUACGUGACCAACAUUAUCAUCCACGGGGUACAUAUACACGAUUGUAAGCGAGGAGGGAAUGCCAAUGUCCGAUCAUCUCCACACCACUACGGUUGGAGGACCAUAUCCGACGGCGAUGGAGUGUCCAUUUUUGGCGGGAGCCAUGUGUGGGUGGACCAUUGCUCGUUAGCUAGUUGCACGGACGGGCUCAUCGACGCUAUCCACGGAUCGACGGCUAUUACAAUCUCGAACAAUUUCUUGACUCACCAUGACAAGGUUAUGCUCUUAGGACAUAGUGACACUUACACUCAAGACAAGGGAAUGCAAGUCACAAUUGCCUUUAAUCACUUUGGAGAAGGGCUUGUCCAAAGAAUGCCAAGAUGUAGACAUGGCUACUUCCAUGUGGUGAACAAUGACUACACACAUUGGGAGAUGUAUGCAAUUGGAGGAAGUGCUGACCCCACCAUUAAUAGCCAAGGCAAUAGAUAUCUUGCCCCAAAUGAUAGAUUCAAUAAAGAGGUAACCAAACACGAAGAUGCGCCAGAGAGCACGUGGAAAAAUUGGAAUUGGAGAUCGGAAGGCGACUUAAUGUUAAACGGUGCAUUCUUUACGCCAUCGGGUGGUGCCACCUCGUCUAGCUAUGCCAAGGCAUCGAGCUUGGGGGCGCGCCCGUCAACCCUCAUUAGCUCGAUCACCGGUGGUGCCGGCGCCCUUAAUUGCAAGAGGGGAUCCCGAUGUUGAUGAAUAUAAUUAUAUAUGUAUAUAUAUAUAAAUGUUUCAUGUGGCUGGGUAUAUGCUGAUUUUAUUUAAUAUUGUCUUUUUUUAUUUCAAAAUUGGGAAUUAUAAUGUUGUCCUCGGCGAGGUAAGCUGAAAAUCUCAAGACUACCUGGCACGAGUGAUUAGGUGGCUUUUGCAUCGUGAAAAAUAUAGUCGAAAUGUUGAUAUAGAUGUUCAUUUAUAUAUGAUAUUAUCCAUUUAUGUCUA